GGCGAGGCGUGGCCCUCCUUGUCUUCGACGAUUUCGACUUUGACCAUCGUUUGAGUUUGCAAAAUUAUGGGUGCGGUGCCGAAAUGACGACUCAAUAUGGCCGAGUUGAAACUCCGCCGGGUGUGUCUAUGCUGUCAAACUCUGACUGGAAAAUCCGAUGGCGCACAGACGCUGAUCUUAUAAGGGGAACUCAAUGGAAGCACACUCCAGCACAGAUCACCACCACCACCACCACCACCCUCUGUGAACUCGCCAUGGACUCGUCCCACUCGUUCUCGCAACCAGGACUCGUCCUGCCAACCCCGUCCUUGCAGAACCAGAUCCAUGAGCUCGCAAAGUCCCUUCCUCCCCCCAGGAAACAAAACAUUGCCUGUGAUGCCUGCAGAGCUAGAAAGGUCAAGUGCUGCAAGCUGCCCGGCCAGGACAAGUGUCAACAUUGUAUGUCAAAGAAUUAUCCGUGCACGCAUUACGUCCAGCAGGCAACCAGCGAGAAGAAGCGCAACGGCGCAGCUCGCAGACCAAGAGGUCUUUCCACUAGCUCAAGUAAUUCUUCCGCUUCUCCUGGCCAUUCCCCCGUCGAAAACGGUAUAUUCCCGUGGUCCAAGUCGACGUGGAGUAUCCCGUGGGGACCCCGCAUCAGUAAUCAUGCGGCACACCUCUUCCAGACUAGCACCCCAAAUUUAUUAUAUCACCUCUUUGCCCCACCUGACUACGGCACCCUCGAACCCAUCUUCACGUUUAAUCCUCAAAGGUCACGUUCCUCCGCAUAUGCCGCUUGGGGCGACCAAGCCAUCAAGCUUGAGGACGAAGCCUUCAGAGCAGAAUUUGCGCUAGAUCUGGUCGAGGUCUACUUCCAAAUCGUCCAUACACGUCUUCCCCUCCUCGACCCUACUCAGUUCCGGUCUCGGCUCAAUUUCCACACCGGCAGCCCGCGUCUCAUCCUGACCAACAAACAGGAAGACCCUCUGCACCCCGCGCUCAUCGCCACUGUUCUGGCUUGGGGCGCCAAGUUUUCUGAACAUCCCCUUUUGGCAGCGGACAGGAAUCAGAACAAGGGUCAGAGUCUCCUUGCCAAGGCGUUGAUAGAUCGAUGUAGAGAACUCGCCGAGUCCACGAAAGUCCAUCGCAUUCCUCAUGAGGACCACGUGGUCAUUGCGCUCUUGAUCGAACCAUUACAAUGUCAGGAUCCGACUGCAGAACCUGGUACAUGUUUUCAUGGCUUCUGGUUAAACUGCGCAAUCCGAAAUCUCUUGGGGCUCGGGAUCAACCACAAGUCAACUAUGAUUGAAUACAAGGACCGAGACACCCGCGGCAAGAUUAUAUUUGCUUGGUGGAUGGCCUGCUUGUGCGACGCUUUCUCAGCCCUUUAUUACCGCCGAAAACCUAUGCUUGACGACGACGACUACGAUAUCGAUUUUUACACCGCAACGCCAGACGGCAGCCCUGAUUCAUCGAAGUCAUCUAGUCGUGAACAGCUUGAGUUUUUGGGGUACUAUGCUGCCGCACAUGCGCUGGCACGAAUAUCGCGUCAGAUCGCUCGGCAGCUGUGGCGGCCGCAGACAGACGCUGAGGGUAUACCUCUUGAAGUGGUCGAGCAGGACUUGAGUGAUCUUGUCACGUGGAGAGAUAAGCAUCUUUCCAAAGUCGGCGUUCCCGCAAGUUUGGUAUCCGGGUGGGACUUUCUCACUGCGGUCUCCGCAUGCGCGAGCGAUGCGCAGUACCACGUCAUGUGGAUUCUUCUGUUCAAUGCUUUGGACGAGCAUGAUGUACAAGAGCACGAACCCGUUUCUCCAGGCGUGAGCAGUCGGGUCGAAAGUGUGAAGCAAAAGAUAUAUGAGGAGGCACUACAGGCAUCGUUACGGGUUUCUGCGCUGGCGGGCGUUUUGACCGCCAACGGGUAUCUAAAACUGGAUACUGCCGUCAUGCACGUCAGUAUCAUCCGAGCUGGUAUGCUUCUUGCUCGGCUGGGACGUCCAGAGGCGCAGAACUGUAUCGAGGGUCUGCGUCAAUAUAGUUACGCCUAUGAAGAGACGUGGGACCAGGCUGACCAAAUCGAGCGCACUUACAAGCAGGCGGCAAUCGACGGUCCGAAUCUCCAGCGUAUGGCUAGUGUGGUUCCGCGCGCGUCACCACACCGUGUGCAUUCUGAUUUGAAACCAAAUGGACACCACCAUCUCGGGAGCGGUGCGCGUUAGUUUCAUUGUUGACUAUGCAAGUUUUCAGUUCUUCAUCUCAUGCAGCAUUAUUUUCUUCACUUUUGUUUGUUGCGAUACACUAACCUCCUACGGUACAUAUUAUUAUCCGGAUGUAUUUCCCUUUCGUUCUUCCCACGAACACUCCCUCUGAUACCCUGCUACUGGCAGUGCU